CCCCCGGCCCCCCCCGGGCCCCUCCCCCCUCGUCGCCCCCCCAACCCCCCCCCCCGCUGCUGGAGGCGGAGCUCGAGGGGGGUCCUGGGGGUGGGGGGGGGCCCGGGGGGGGCCCCUUCGACCCGCGGCGGCUCCGAUUCUCCCAGGACGAGCUGAGACCCCAACCCAUCGCCAGGAAGGCCAGGAAGGUUCAUGUGCCCGAGGAGCAGAAGGACGAGAAGUACUGGAGCCGCCGCUCCCGCAACAACGCGGCGGCCAAGCGCUCCCGCGACGCUCGGCGGCUGAAGGAGAACCAGAUCUCGGUGCGGGCGGCUUUCCUGGAGCGCGAGAACGCGGCGCUGCGGCUCGAGGUGGCGGCGGCGCGACGGGAGCUCCAGAGGUUCCGAGCCAUCCUCGCCCGAUACGAGGCCCGGCACGGGCAGCUCUAGGGAUGGGGAAGGGGGGGAAAAAACGGGAUGGCCCCGGACGCU